GUGCUUGCCAGAAAAUUUUAUUUUCGAGGUGAUUUCAUAUGCUCGAAUCUAAGAUUUGGGUUCCAGAGAUCAAAGGGAGACUCGCCGGUGGAUGAAGAGGGACGUUGCAGGCGAACUUAGCUGAAAGUCCCUGGCGGACCCUUCUUGAAGUAGACUUUGGCUCUCUUUACGGGCUUCGUCAGAUAGGAGAGCUACCAAGCCUUCAUUUUCCGGCGCUGAAGAAAGAAAGAGCUUCCAGCCACAAACGAAGAUUUUAAUCGGCGAGAGAGGCAUGGGGCACUAGCAACUCGAAGAAGCCAUGCUUUGCUAGUUGAAGAGUACGAGGACUCGACGGCGGGUCUGACAAUUAGAGUACUCCGUCACUGUACUUUUGAAGAGAACUCUGCUGACGAGAAUCCAUGACGGCGACAAGGAUUGACUCACUUCUUCCUCUUCGUCACAAGCUCUUAGAUCUUGCCCCAGGUUAACAGGUACUAUUGAAGAAUCCUUAUCGAAGACAUCCAAAGAUGAAGCACAGGGUGCAGAAGUUUCCUUAAGAUCUGAUUUUCAGUCCCUUUUGUGUAUUAAAACGAACUUUGAGGAUGACCCAGAUUCAAUUAUGAGGGUUAUCAGGGAUUUCUACCUUUGUUGCUCUGCUUUAGCUUCUGCUGAUGGUGGAAAAGACCCCACAAUGUCAUGGGUCCCAAAAGCCUUAGCUUCAUUGGCAUUUCAAGCCAUCCGAGAGCUGUCAAGAGCAAUCUUUUGUGAUCUAGAUCAGAGUAUACGGAGGACAAUCACAAAGCUCAAUGAUGAGUUUUUGUUAGUUCCCAAUGAGGAUAAACUAGUCUUAGAGAUGAUGCCAAUUGUGUUCCCCAUGAUGAAGCAUGUAAUUAGUGAUAGCUUAAUUGAUGCGAUGGAGGAUACUGUUGUUGAUUCCUGUGCUCGUGCUUCAGUUGGUUCAGCUAUUGUUGCUUCUCAUUGCCUUAGAUGGAGCAUUGAAAGGGUUUCCCAUCCUUAUCUUGGAAAGUUAUGUUCCUUGGUAAUUCCGAGUGUAUUGACUGCUUUGGAUCACUGGUCACCUGCAGUUAAAGGACAGGCAAUUAUUAGCUUUCUGCAUAUAGCAAAGAACAUGAAUAUGGCUGAACUUGAUUGGUAUGCAGAUGUAAUACUUGAUGCCUGUUGUCGGAAUAUCCCUGCUAAUGAUGACAUCUGGCAUAGCACCAUUGAGAUGACUGUGCUUUUGGUGACAUGCACGCAACGAAGAAAUCCUCGUUGCAGUUGGUAUGAGAAAGUACUAAAUGAAAUGCUUGGGCAUUUAGAGCGCCAUCCAAGGAGUAAAGGGCUUCGAGUUUCGUGGCUGCAACUGAUUGAACCUGUCUUCAAUGCUAUGGGAGUUAUUAUUGUAGCCCAUUUUAGACGCAUUUUUCCUCUCAUAUUUAAAUGGCUUCACGCUGAUGAUGACAAAACAGUUUUACUGUCACUUGAAAGGCUCCAGACCAUCUUAAAGUUGACUUGGAUGCGGAAUACAUUAUAUGUGGGCCAGUUAGUGGAUGAACUUGCUUUAACAUACAAGGAAGCAUCAUUGAGGAAGGACAGAGAGAUUAUCCGUCGCCAUAUCCUUCAGAUAUUUUUUUUGCUUCAAAAAUCCAAGGGCUUGCAGUUUGAAGGAGCUUGGGCCAAGCAUAAAGAUGACCCAAACCUAACUUCUCUUUCAUCCUCAUUCAGUCAAGGAUGGUGGCAUGGAGAAGAUUCUGUUCUAUCUCUAGCCUAAAUUGGCUGGAUAGCUUCGACGUUGAAAUCUGUUCUCUAAUGGGGGCCUACCUCUCGUGAGGUACACACCAGAGGAACAUGGACCACCACACCUUACAAGGGCAAGUCCAUGGUUCAUGGCAGAGACUUGGUAUAGGAUCUUCAUGUCGGCUAUCUUCGCAACUACCUCCUCUCUUGUAAGGCCUCACUAGGAUAUUCAGUAACUCUAGAGGGUUGGUAUUAGAUGUUUCUGUCAGCAUGAUAUAUUUCCUGCGGCAUGAUGCAGGUCUGCUAUAUCUCAAAAACAGGACGUCCAGACAAUUUUUAAAUUUUAGGCAAUUAAAAUGUCUUGAUUUUUCGGAAACUUAAAACUUAUAGUAAAAUAAAUUUAUUGUUUUAAAAUGUCCCAAGUGGGGUUAGCA